GUGUGGGGGUUAUGAUCAAUCAGUACACUGCUGACUCUCAGAACGUAAGGUAUUACGCCUAUACUGUCGCAGAAUUAUUUAUAUAUUCACUAUUUUGGACAGUUUGUUUGUUAUAAAGAUAAACAACCAUAAGAAAAGAACUGAAAAUCCUUCGUGUGUUGACAAUCAGCUGACUUGUGGAGGAGAGUGGAAGUUAUUGUUGUGGGAGGUUGACCAGGGAGAUCUAGGCUGAGAGGUCAUCAUCCACUUGAAGACUUGACACCAGCUGAUCCUUGACACCGGUAACCUUGGCAACGUAACUUCAAUUAACCUGUGACGAGACUUACGAGAGACAGGCGUACACACAGCCUAUUUGACAGAUAAGGUGAGAGAGAAAUAGUGAGCGAGACGUCUUGAGAUGUCCGUCGUGUGAUGAUGAGGACGAGGACAGGAAGCUGCAAGCCUCUUCUAUCCUCGUCGUCGUUGCCGUCGUCGUGGUACAGGACUAAGGAAGAGGGGGAGGUGCCAGGAGGGCCAGCAGGGUGGUGGUGGGUAGUGAGUGUCAUCUCCCUCACACCUCACCUUGUACGGUACGUCGUGACGGCGAAGUGUAAUGUUGUGAUGUGGAGAAUGAUGCGGCGAUAUCUGCCCCACGCUGUGGUAGGGGCGUUCAUCCUAGUGCUCAUCUACCGCUCUCAGCGUCCUUGCCAAGAGACACUCCAGCGACCACACAAACAGCAUGUAGCAUCUGAUAGUAGUGGGGCGCUGCACAACUAUGAUCGGAGUGAGCCCAUGAUCUUCAUCGGUGGCAUGCCAAGAUCUGGCACCACACUGGCCCGUGCCAUGCUCGACGCUCAUCCUGACAUACGGUGUGGAGAGGAAACUCGAGUAGUGCCGAGGAUACUUCAGAUGAGGCAACAGUGGAAGAGGUCGGCCAAGGAAGCACUGCGGCUACAAGAAGCUGGUGUCACAGAUGAGGUGCUGGAUGAAGCCAUAUCCUCCUUCAUCCUGGACAUAGUGGUAAAUCAUGGACAACCAGCAGCUCGUUUAUGCAACAAAGAUCCCUUCACCCUCAAGUCGGCCACCUAUCUCUCUAAACUUUUCCCCAAUGCCAAAUUUCUCUUUAUGGUGCGGGACGGCCGGGCAACGGUCCACUCCAUCAUAUCCCGCAAGGUAACUAUCACAGGGUUUGACCUAUCAUCAUAUAAGCAGUGUCUGCAAAGGUGGAAUAGUGCUGUACAGACAAUGAACACCCAGUGUGAUGAAUUGGGAUCAACUAAGUGCUUGCCCGUAUAUUAUGAGCAACUGGUCCUACAUCCCCAAGAGUGGAUGAGAAAGAUUUUGGACUUCCUGGGUGUCGAUUGGGAUGACUCUGUACUGCAUCACGAAGAGCAUAUAAAUAAACCUGGUGGCGUAUCUCUGUCCAAGGUUGAGCGAUCGAGUGACCAAGUGAUCAAACCAAUUAACUUAGAUGCUCUUAGCAAGUGGGUGGGCCAGAUACCCAAAGAUGUAGUGGAAGACAUGGCCAACAUAGCCCCCAUGUUGGCAACUCUUGGUUAUGACCCCUAUAGCAACCCUCCAAACUAUGGCCAAGCCGAUGCUUUAGUUGCGAAUAAUACAAAGCGGAUACAAAAGGAGUUGAGUAAGUGGGAGGACCGUGCCGAGGAGGUGCGGAGCAUCUCGAAACAUCGGAAAGGCGACAACACAUGAUCAUCGUCCUCCAGUGUGCUACAUCUCUGGUGUCAUUCCUCUUCAUGGCCAUGUGUGAAUAUGAAUUUGUGUGAUGUUCAGAAAGAUUAGUGUCUAGAGGUGUAGAUAUCAUACCAGUACAGUACCCUUAUUGGAUAUUUUAUGACAAUUAAUUUAACCAACCAGUGUUUUUACCACUUUUUGUUUGUAUUUUUUCUGAGCAUGUAUUGCAUGAGUCUGUCUUGGUACAAAACUUAAAAUGAAAAAAAUUCAUAAGCUUAUCCAUUGUACUUUAUUAUUUAUUUUCAUGUGAAUUUAUUCCUUCAGAAUUUUCAGGUGGCACAAACCAGGUUAUGACAGUAUUGAACAUAAGUGUUAACACAUGCUUUGUAGUGUCUUGGGGUGAUGAAAGGUGGAGUGUAUAGUGUUGACAGGAGUAAUAUUAUUCUUCAUGAGUUUUGUAUACUUGGCAAGUGGUGUGUGACUCCUGGGAAUAAUAGUAUUUAAGUAGUCAUGGAUUUUACAAAAUAUUUCCUAAUGUUGAAAAUGUUGCAGAAUCACUUUGAGUAAUUGAUGUUUGUGAGAAGAGUAUUGCAAGAGUUUUUCAUCUAAUAUUGAUGUGCAAUUGAUAUCAUUGAUAUAUUUUAAAGAACCAACUUAAUAUAAGAUAAUUUCACUUCAGGAGUAUGCAAUCAGGGAUGUGCAACAUACUCUCAGCUGAGGCCCAUGAGAUGUGUGCUAGAGAUCACCACAGGAUCAAAGUCCCAGUUAUGUGCAGUGUACAGAAAAGGGCAUUAACAAUGUUUGGUGAGCCACAGAAAAUAAUCAGGAGUCUAGGUCCAGCCCAUGGAUUGUAGGUUGUAUAUAAGGCCUUUAUGUAAUGGUCAUUUACUUUUGAAAAACUUUGUGUCAUCACUUUAUUUGCAGGAUAUUUCUAUCACAGAUAAUGGACUGGGGGUUAAAUUUUAUAUUGCUGAGAGUUGUUAGGUGUUGUUUGCUGUAAUACACACACACACAUCUGGGCCUAGAUAUUACUUAAACUUGUGGCAGGUCACUGUGUCAUCUGUUAAUAACAACUACAGGUAUGAAUAACUCACUCUAGCAUUGUAGUAAUAGUAAAGUCAGAUACUGUACAAGAAUGUACGUAACCUGUACAUUAAAUAGCCAUCCAAAAUGUUUGAGGUACUAUUCUUGAGGGUGGAGGAAAUGGAAUUACAGAAUGGCAGAUGUCAGUGUUUCAUAUUUUAUAUGUGAACUGUUAUUUGAAUAUCAUUUUAACUUCUAACAUAAAGACACACAAGGUUGGAAUAAUGCAACUGAAAUCAGUCUUGAAGACUGAGUUAUGGUGAACCAUGCCAGAGAGAUGUUGAAUUUCAUAAGCCUUUUUAAUGUUGUAAUGUACGGUUAUCCAAUCUGAAGUUGUAUCACAGGUGCCGUAUAUCAUAAUCAUACAGAAUUGUUUUUUUAAUUUCGCUAGAAUGUCGAUGAUGUACAGCACCAAAUUUGAAACAUAUUAAUUGUCGACAGCAUUGAAAAUUAUUAUAUCUUUUAAUGAAAGAGAAUUCAAUACAUUGUAGUACAUGUAUAAUGCAAUGAAAAAGUUCUUGGAUAGUUAUCCACAUGUAUUUAUGAUCUUACUAAUUAUGAUGCAUUUCAUCUGUUUCAUUAAAUGUAACAUUUAUUAUUGAUAUGUAAUAUGUAAUGCAAGCUGCUAGUAUCAAGCAUUUAGUGUCACUUACAUCCCAUUAAAAAUUUUGAUUUUU